UGUCAUUAGACUAUUGGCAUACUCUCUCCUCUCUGCCUGCCAGUCACUAGUCCACUCUGCAGUAGAACUAGGCACGACAACACAUUAACCAGUGAACAGCCAUGCUGCUACAGAGCUUCCCUCUCACCAUCCUCCUCCUCUCCACCAUCCCUGUCACUCCCCAGUGGGGGGCAGUGGGUGAUGAGUCUGGAGGGUCUGUGGCUGCUGCAAGGCCAGUGGUCCAGGGCAGGCCCUUCACCAUGGUCUGGAACAUGCCCACAGCGAGCUGCCAGGAACACUAUGGCAUCCACCUGGACCUGGGGGCCUUCGACAUCGUGGAGAACCACCACCAGCGCUUCCAGGGCCAGAACAUGAGCAUCUUCUACCACAAUCAGCUAGGCCUCUACCCUUACAUCUCCCAGGAAGGUCUGCAGGUUAAUGGAGGGGUUCCCCAGAGGGGAGACCUGGAGGCCCACCUGGCCCUGGCCCAGACCCAGAUCUCAGCCCUGCUCAGGACAGGGUUCAGCGGCCUGGCCGUCAUCGACUGGGAGGAGUGGCGCCCCUUGUGGGUGAGAGACUUCGGCAUUAAGCUGGAGUACCGCCGGCUGUCUAAAAAACUAGUGAGAGGGGAGCAUCCAGAGCUAACCAAACAGGAAGUGAACUCCCUGGCCCGUAAGGAGUUUGAGAGGGGUGCCAGGGCCUUCAUGUCUGAGACACUGCAGUUAGGAGUGUGUCUGCGACCGAGGGGACUCUGGGGCUUCUACAGCUUCCCUGAAUGCUUCAACUACCACAGGAAGCAGAAAGGCCACAGCUACACGGGCCACUGCCACUCCAAGACCAGGCAGAAGAAUGACCAGCUAGCCUGGCUGUGGCGCCAGUCCACUGCCCUCUACCCUAGCAUCUACCUACCCCAACGUCUGGCAGGGUCCUCUGAUGCCACCCUCCUGGUCAGACAUAGGCUUCUGGAGGCCCUGAGGGUGGCGAAUCAGUACCCCACUAGCACCCAUGCCACUCCUGUACUGCCCUAUGCCAGAGUGGCAUUCGCCCACACCCUCCACUUCCUCAACAAGACGGAUCUGGAGCACACACUGGGAGAGAGUGCAGCGCUGGGGAUGGCAGGAGUGGUGCUGUGGGGGGAGCAGGCGUUCGCUAAGUCAAAGCGUCAGUGUGAGAUACUGAGGGACUACAUUAAUUCUGAACUGGGAGAGUACAUCAGCACCCUGAAGAGAGGGGUGCAACGCUGCAGCGAGGAGCGAUGUCAAGGCAACGGUCGCUGUGCCAGAAGGGACCCCUACUCUGACCACAUGAUCCCACUCUCUGACUCCUUCUCCAACUUCCUCCCUGACCCCUCUCAUGACCUCAGCCACCUCCGCACUAACUUCCUGUGCCAGUGCUAUCAGGGCUGGGCGGGUGAGAAGUGUCAGGAAAGGAUAGCUUCAAUCACUAACACUUAGUGUCAGGAAAAUAUAUAGUCUCUAUCACCAAUAUAUAAUAUCACCUCUUUUGUUUAUUUGGUUGAUGCGCAGCAUACAGUAGCAUCAUUGCAAUUCCACCAAGUGUAUCAAAGUGAAAACUGUGGCAGUUGCAAUGCUAAGGCACGUUCUCAGCGUAUUCAUUCUAUACAAUUCAGUUCCACUUGUGACAUGUUUAAGUUGUGAUAGUCAGAACAAAUUUGCACUGUGUUUUGUCAGUAACAAAAUGGGUGUGACAUUUCAUCAUACAUCGCCUGUCUCAUGCAUACAUGUAAAAGAGUACCGCUUCUAAAAGUUACAGCUGUAACUUGUAUGUACAGUAUAUUUAAGUCACAGAUCACAUGGACGUCUCGAACCUGAAGCAUUUCUGUCCUCAUGCAGUUGUUCAAAUACAUGAAUUGUCAGUUGAAGAGUGUGGUCCUUUAUGCUGUGAUGUCACUAAAGAUGCUAUAAAGUGUUCAGUA